CCACAGCAAGAAAACAUAGUCUCUAUAAUUUACAUUCCCAUCUGUUUUCAUUCUCACAAUCCCUCCUUUUAAGCUCCCCCAACCAUUUCGACUCCAACCGUUUUUCCCCAAAUUUCAAAUCAUUCAUCAUUCACACCCCCCCAUUUCCCUGUUUUCUUCUCACGGUAUAGCCGUUCAAAUGUCUUGCCGGCGUUCUCACACGCCUCCGUUCCCACCUCCUCUCUAGUUUUCCCCUUCUCUCUCUGUACCGUCCUUUUCAAUCUCCAUGACACGCCAGCAGCAACUUCCCAACCCCCAACGCCGCCGCGCCGGCGAAGUCGCCGGGAACGCGACGGCAGAAUGCGCCGCGGUUUGCUGUUGCGUACCCUGUGCGGUGAUGGACAUGGUGGCGCUUGCGGUUUACAAAGUUCCGGCGGGUUUGUUUCAGAAGGCGAUGAAGAACAAGAGGAAGAAACGGUUGCAACAGAAGAAGAGUAAUAAGAAGAAGAACGAAACAGGCUUGUUGGAUCGUAAUUCGUCAAUUGGGUCUGGGCCUGGGCCUGAUACGUUUAUUGUUGGGCCUACUUUGGAGGAGCAUUUGGCGAAGGAGGAGUCGCCGGAGGUUGUUAAUUUAGAAGAUGAGAUGUGGGCCCGGUUCAGUGUAACCGGGUUUUGGAGAAGCGAUUCUCAAAGACAGUUUCAACAUGAACCGGAAUUGCAAACCGGGGAAAAGGACCGUUGAUUGUAAUUAUAAUAAUAAUAAUAAUAGUAUUUUUUUACUAUUGUAAAAUUGAAGAAUGGAUUGUUGUAGUGAAAUGAAAUGUAAAAUGCAAAUUGUAUUAAGAAUUGGGAUACAGGUAUUGAAAUCCAAAUAGAAUUUAAUGUUUUGUUACCAUUUGUGGAGUAUGACGUG